AUAUCCAAAAGACGUGAUAAUAACAUCAAAAAUGAUGGAGGAAAAAAUAAAUAAUGUAAUUUACCGUAACCGUGUCGAACAUCAAAGUGUUGAAGAAGGCAGUGGGCAAGGGACCGUUGUCCUCUCCUCUCUAAAUGGGAUACUAGGUUGUAAAAGGUUAAUCCAGUCAAUAAAAUGGAUCAAGAAUUCUGCCUGAGGUGGAACAACCACAAAUCAAAUUUGACUGAUGUGCUGAGUAAAUUUCUUGAAAAAGAGUCAUUGGUGGAUGUGACGCUCGCUGUGCCUUGUGAAGGGGAUGAAAUCAAGACUUUCAAAGCUCAUCAAACUAUACUCUCAGCUUGUAGUCCUUACUUUGAAAAACUGUUCCUGCAAAAUAAUCAUCCUCAUCCAAUAAUAUUCCUUAGAGAUGUAACUGUCAAUGAAAUGCAAGUGCUUUUGUAUUUUAUGUAUAACGGAGAAGUCAAUGUCAAGCAAGAGGAAUUAGCAACUGUUUUAAAAACGGCAACUGCUCUACAAAUAAGAGGACUAGCUGACUCGAGGACUGAAACACCAAAAACAGAUGACCACCAUUCUCUGCCCAGCCCUGUGGAGCACCGCUCCUCAGUCGAACAAAAAAGACCCCUUUUCCGACCUAUAUCCCCACCUGAGAGAGCUAAGAGAAAAACAUCAGGAUCCAGUUCCAGAGAGGCUUUUCCUCCAGAAAGCCAGGCGCCUUUCCCAUACAGAAGUACCCCAUCGUCAUGCCCCCAGCCAAACACCAAAGUUGCUCGUUUAUCGCUUGCCGAGUCCAACUCAGAUGUCGAGUCCGAAGGGCAAACAGUGUCUCCCAUCAUCAAACAAGAAACAUCAGGCAUUCCUGCAGAUGAGUCGUAUGAUGAUGUUCAACCUCUGACGAAGAUUCAAAUGAGAAGAGAGACUAGAUUAAAAACAGCUGGCCUGUCCGGAAGCAGCAAUGAACAUACGGAAUCUAGUUGCAGUUACUCGCUCUCAGAUCCAGCGCUACGCCGCUUUCUCACUGCACACAAAAAGGUAGAGCUACCCCGAUUGAUGCCACCGUUGAUCGGUGCCUUUUCCUCGCACUUGCAGGGGGCGUCGCACACUGAAACACGGCCGGCGCACCAGUCUCCGCCGCACAAGUCAAGCCACGAAAUAUCAGUGAUCCAGUCGACGCCCUCCCCCGCCCCACCCGGCUCCUCUUCCCCCUCACCAGCACCCAAGAAAGGAGGCCGCUUCCGACCCGGCUGGCUCGACUCGUUCUAUUGGCUCCAGUAUGACGAGGAGCAGAACACCAUGUUCUGUAAAGUAUGCCGUCGCUAUGGCAGUUUCGUGCCAGAGAUGCGGACGUCGUUUGUCGAAGGAAACUGCAACUUUCGUUUAGAAAUUGUCAAUCAUCACGAUAAGUGUAAAUCACACAAACUGUGUAUGGCCAAAGAAGAGGAAGAGAGGGAGCGGAUGAGCCUAUCCGAUCACAAAUAAUACGUUUCAACAUUUAACUUAGUGUUCGUUAAUCAAUGUUCUGUCUGUUAUUGUAAUAUAAGGCAGGUGCGAAUUUGAUAGCAAAAUAAGUAAACUAUUUUGUAAUAAUAAGUGACAUUAUUUCUAGUUUACUUUUGUCUUGCGUGCCAUGCAAGAUCUCCUCUUCUACCUGCCUCCUACCUAGCAUGCCAAAUUAUUCUCUUGUCGUCAGAUACACACUUUUUGAAAUAUAUAGUGUAACUAUUGAAACUGCCGAAUUAAAAAUUCAUUAUUAAUUAUAUAGAAGUAAAUAUAAUAGAAUAUUUAUUUCGCCAAAAUACAUAAGACAAAUGUAAAUUAUAAUAAAUCUUAAUGUUUUGGCACAGCCAGCAAAGCCCGACUUGUGCGCAGGCUGUGAGUUCGUAAAGAGAACAGUACAAAGUGAAAAAAAUACUAAAACAUGAAAAAACAAGAAGACAAGAUGAAUAAAAUGAAAAAAUAAUAGUACUUCUAAUAAAUAAUACAAUGAUAGAGAAAAAUAUGAUUCGUGUUAACAUUAAUAUAUCCACUAAACGACAACUAAGACACUAAAAAGCAACACUAUAUCCACUAAAAAACAACAAGAAGACAAGAUAAAUAAAAUAAAAAAAUAAUAGUACUUCUAAUAAAUGAUACAAUGAUAAAGAAAAAUAUGAUUCGUUAACAUUAAUAUAUCCACUAGGUGAUAACCAAAAACAAAUUAUUCUUCUAAACGAAAAUGAAUAAAGAAAAAUAUAGAAUAAAUCAAGCAUAAUAACCAUCAUACAGUACAUCUGAGUAAUAAAACGAAUGACAUAAUACUUUUCUACCAUUUAGUGUUCACCAACUUCCCAGUGCUUAUAAUCAAUUUUCAAAAAUAAUAUAAAAGAUUGAAAGACAUUUAAAACUCAAACUUUAACUUAAAUAUUUCCAUUGUUGAAGGAUUUAUCGCAUUGCUUAGUCCUGCAAGUUCCACUUAUCCUCAAAACCUAAAAAUUGAGCUUUUUUCCAAACAGCUUCUAAUAGUUUGCUAUCAAUUUUGCAUCUGUUGUUUCUCUUUUCCAUUUUGUAACUUGUAAAUACUUUUUGAGCUUUGAAUCAAUUUUAUCAAUCACAAGCUUUGUUAUAACAAUUAUAACUAAUGACAUAAAUAAGAACAUUGCUCAUGUUAUCUUAUUUGAUAUGUUUCAUGUACCAAAUUCGAAAUAUUUUCAUUUUAUAAUUCUCUUGAAAGUUCUUGAAAUGGUGAAAAAGUUUUUGGACCAUAUAUGAACUAUAUAUCAUUUGAAUCAAGGAGUGAUAUAAAAAUGCAUUCCAAAAGACAUUUGAAAUUGUUUUAUUUCAAAUAUUCAUUGUCUAUGAACAAACAAAUUUAGUGUCAGUUUCCAUUUAUAAUUUCACCGUUAAUAAAAUAAGUGUUUGACAUUCUUGUUAAUUGAAUUGAUAUAAGUGUGACUAGUUUAUUUUCAAGCUAUUUUUGUAAUAUUGUUAGAUGCUUAGAUAUUUUUCUAAUGUUAUGUGAUUUAUAAUAUAGUGAUACAGUUCUCUGAACUCUAAACAUAUUUUUCUCUUGUUGAGGCCUAGUCUUGCAAAUCAUCACAUAGUAGUUGAUUAAUUUUAUGUACGUUAAUGUGAUAACAGUGCAGGGAUAAAUUAGGAAGUUAUUUUUCUGUGAAUAGUGUAUAAUAUCUUCUAGCUCUUGAGAGUUGUGAUAUUAAUUGAUUGUGAUGGAAUGUUACUAAUGUAUCAGGGUAUGAAAUGAUAGAUGGAUCUUAGGGGAACUCGCUCAGACUCUCCAUUGUGUUUGACUGUGAAAAGGGAUUUGACAAAAUUAUCCAUAUCUGGGAUUGAAUUACAAAUCUUUUCUAUUGAGGUGUAUUUUUGACAAAGGUGAAUAUUUUAGCUUUAUCAAGUUUCAAACGAUGUAUUUUUUAUAUUUAUUACUAGAAUGUCGGUAUAUUUCAAUUAAUUUGUCUCAUAACUAUACCUUCAACUUUUGAGAUAUAAUCCAACAUUCAUUGAAUUAUAUUUACAUUAUGAGCUAUGAAUGAACAGGAGCUUUCUUAAAUGAUUCAGUUGAUCAUGCUGGAUUCAUCAUCUGAGGAGUUUUCAUUAUAUUUAUAAUAAACGAUUUGCUAGUAGUCCGAUUUCUUCCCAUUGGUAAAGGCCAUUCAUUAAGCCAUUGGUAAAAGCUCAUUCCAAUUUCAUCUUUUUGGUUAGUUUUAAAAGAAAAUGCUUAGGCAAUCUUUAUCUGCCUUGAACCUAAGAAUUUAAUAUUUAUUCAGCUCUACAGUAAUUAUCCUAUAUUCUUCAAAUAUGUUUAUAAUAAUUUUUCUUUUUCAAAAGAUCCAAAUCGUUCAAAUUCAAAUGUAGCAUUAAAUGCAGCUGAAAGCUUGUUAUCUAACGCUAGAAAAUGUAAUCAUGUUACUAAUUUAGAUAUAGUUGAUUGAAUAUGAUAAAUUCACAAGUUUUAUCGAUUCUUUCUUGGUGUACUUAUUGUGUCGUGUGUCGUAAGUCAACAUCCCCUAAAAUAUUUUUGUAAUUUAAUGGUUAUCCAAUAACCCACUUGUUAAAAUAUUCUAAUGAUUAUUUAAAAAUUGUAAAUAAUUGUAAUAAUCAGUGUGCUUAAGUGAUAAACUAUUUCAAAAUGUGAUAGCUCUUUUCUAUAUUAUCUAUUUUACUUGGAAUUAGUGAAACUUUUCAAAUCAAAAUAGAAUCUUUAGUAUGAAAAUAAUAUCCUUGGUUUAACUUGAUUUGAGCUGAUGUGAGAAAGAAUAAUUAUUGUUCUUCAUCACUUUAUUCAUUGGAAUUAAUAAUUAUUAUGUAUUGUAUGAUAGUUUUUAAUUUUGUUAUCAGUAAUAUGGGUACAUUAUAUUUUCAACAGACUUUUAAUCACUUAUCGUAUAUUACAAUGAAAUUCGCUCAUCCAUUGUGGUUUUAGGAACCGUUGUUGCAAUGAGUUCGAAUUUAUUUAAGAUUUCAUAUUAUGAGCAUUCAAUCAUUCUUGAAAAAAUAAAUAUAACCGCAUUGAUAGAGGCAUGAAAAAACAGUGGAAUUUUGUCUUGAUACAAUCUUGAAAGAUAUGGCUAACUCAACUAGUGCCUGUAUUAUUAUACUUCAUUAUAAUCUGCAUUUACUAUCUGCUCCACUUACUAUAAAACUAUUUUAUUUCUGGUUGAACAGCGAAACGUAUUACAUUUUCUAUAAAUGUAAUAUUGAACUACAGUACAAUACAAACUCCAUUCUGACAAGGAUAUUUUUUGAACAUGAAAAAUAAAAUCUAUAAGAAAACCUGAA